AUGUCUUCAUCCCUUGGUUUUGUCAAUGCUAAAAUGUUGUUUUGCCUUUGUGUUACAUUAGUGUUCCAACCACAUUUCACAUAUUCGACUGCAAAUCGUACAGGUCUAACCUUAAAGGCUUACGUAGAUGAUUCUCCAGGGUCUUCUCUGUAUCGUAUUCAGGAUCUAAGUGUAGCUGAAAGGAUAGAAAGAUUGAUCAAUGUUAGCAAUGCUAGAGCCAAUUAUUUGUAUCAAAUGUUGAGUCCCGAUGGAACGAUACUCCCUGAUAAUAUUCGAGUUCCGAUACUACGAGAUGGUGCAUAUUAUGCUGUAACGUUUACGAUGGGAAGCCGAGGGCACCGAGUGAAGUUGUUGUUGGACACCGGUAGUGGUCUCAUUUGGACGCAAUGUCUACCUUGCAUAAAUUGUUUCAACCAACGUCUUCCAAUUUACGAUUCUAGAGCUUCCACCACUUACGCCACACUUCCUUGUAGCCAUCCUAUGUGCAAUGGCGACCGAACAGUCUUUUCUUGUGUAAACAACCGAUGCGUCUACCAAUACGGAUAUCUGGGUGGAGCCUCCACAGCAGGGGUUGUGUCAACGGAAGACUUUAUUUUCUAUACCGACGAAUCUCAUAUGCAAACGUUCGAGAAUGUCAUAUUCGGUUGUGGUAAUGAUAAUCGGAACAUUUUCUUUCAGAACACCGCUGUUUCUGGGAUCUUCGGAUUAAACUUUGCGCCGGAAUCUAUGAUGCAACAGUUUGCUGCUCUCACUCGAUCUCGAUUCUCAUACUGCCUCGUCCCUUUUACUGAGGCAGUGCCUAACACACUUCUUCUAAAAUUUGGACAAGACAUUCCGGAGUUGCCUCCACAUGCUGAAUCAACAUUGUUUGUGCAAAGAACAGGCAACGAUCAUUUCUUCUUGGAAUUGUUGGAUAUAAGUGUUGGUGAUUAUCGUCUAGGAUUACCUCCGUCUGCUUUUCAGUUUAGAGGAGGUGGGGAAGGUGGUUGCAUCUUUGACUCGGGAAGUCUGUUCACUAUAAUGGAUUCCAACUCAGUUGGAGUGAACGUCUACGAGAGAGUGAUGCAAGUGAUUAGAGCUUAUUAUGGCUCAAAAGGACUUUCAGCUAUAAGAACACGUGCAGGAGGAUUCGAUCUGUGUUAUAAUCGUCCACCCAAUUUUAAUGAUUUUGCGUCUAUAACAUUCCAUUUUAAUGGAGCCGAUUACAGCGUCCCCGGCGAAUAUAAUGUUGUGUUCGACCAGAGAACUAUCUGCAUACCAAUACUGAAGGGACCCCUAACAACUAUUAUCGGAGCAGUACAUCAACAAAAUAAACGACUCGUUUAUGAUGGAAUGUUUGGUGAACUCCAAUUUGCUGAUGAAAAUUGUCAAAAUGAUAGGUGA